AUGGGCAUAUUCUUCCGGAAUCGCGAGGAGGACCUGGCAGACCCUGAUUUGAGGGCGUCCCGUUAUUUCUUAUUUAAAAACAAACAAACGAAGGAGAACAAACUCAAAAUUGCCGAGAAAAAGUACGGAUACACCUUAGGCGAGCUGCAUGCGUAUAAACACUUGAUGAUACCGCCACGAAUGCCCGACCGCAUGCAGCAGGCCAGGCCCGAGAUGGCUUAUGCCUAUCAUCAGAUUCAGAAACUCGUUGAGGCUGAGGUGUACGAACAGCAGACAGAGAACCACUUCGCCACGAAGCCCACACAGGCGGCUAACAGAAGCUCGUCCCUCAAAGCCCUCGGCACCGAAGCGCCUUCAACUGCUGCCCUUGGCGCCGACACCGUACCAGCAGCUUCUUCAAAGGCGAGGAACCCCCUUUCUGAAGAAGGAGAUGGGUCCAGUGGCCCUGCCACGGUGGACGAGUCCUGCGUCAAGUGCCUCGGCUAUUACUUGGCAUUAGACCGAUGCGUUCGAGCGGUGUCCAAGCAAGACGAAAAAAACCGGAUCUACAAGCAUACCCGUCUUCAUGCUUGCAAGCCACACUGGAUUUGGUUUAGCAGAUGCACUGCCUACCGGGACCGGCAACUGCUCAGGGAGAUCCACUCAUGGGAGGCGGAGCACUUUGCGUCCUUGGGGACUAAGGAAAGGGAGGAAUACGUAGAGCAGCUGCGCGGCACGAAAAGGUAUCUCGAAUACGCGGCGGCCCGUUCUCGUGAUGACGUGGAUGUUGUGAGGUUGAAGAGAGAAGCGAGCCAUAUUAUAUCUCGAUUAGACAAGCUGAAUGGACGGCGGCUGAGUGGCGAAACACAGCAAAGUUGCUGUAACCGUAAGCAGCAGCAAGCCGAGCUGUAG